AAAAUGUUUCGACACGACUCGAGUCACGAUUCAGUCGCAACGCGAGCCGUGGCCUGACAGCAUGUGUACGGUUAACAGUUCAACAAAAGGGUGUCCAGCAGUAUAACAGCGCCGUAUAACAGUAUAACAGCGUGUCGUGUAGUAUAUUCUAAUCAUGGGCCUGCUCGGCACGCUGCGUCGACUUAGCCCAAGUCCACGCAGCCCCUCGCGCGGCAUCGAGCUGCAGCAUCGCAGCAAAACGCAAGUGGAUCUGCAGGUUCCAGUUCCGCCGCCAGUUCCGACUACGGUUCAGUCCUCACCUCAGCUCACGGAGCAAACGUUGCAGGUGUGGCGUGCACUGCCAGCGGAGGUACGACAUGAUCCCAGCAUGGCGAGCUUUCAAAUGGAAAACGAACGCAUUCACGGCUCCAUGGUCGGAGACAGCGAGGCGGAGGAGCCCGAUGUGGAGGUCGAGUUAGAUGUGGAGGAGGAUAAGCAGGAUGAGCGUAAGUCUAGCUAUGCAGGCUCCGAUUUUCUGGAUAUCAAAAUGAAGCCGAAUUAUGAGGGUGACAAGAGUACAGAUGAUGAGGCAACGACAAUUCACUCGGACCACGAGUCACAUGCAAAUGGACCCGGCAGUGCGAAGGCUGUGGCUCGGCGUCUUCAUCACAAGUCGAAGCGCUCCAAGGAGCAACAGCAGCGCGACAAACUAUUCAAGAGAUGCGGCCUACUCGUCAUCUGGGUCCUAGCAGCCGGAGUCUUGAUCAGCGUGGGCGAGAAGCAGCUGCUGGAGAAGAUCGUGCAGGUGCCAAGAGGAGAGCUAGGCAAAUUUUUUCAGCUGGAACAGAAGCCCAUGGGCGACUUCUAUUUACGGCUGCAGGGAGCCUUCGAGCAGUCCUUCAAGCAGUUGCAGACAGAGCUGGAGGAGAACGAGACAGACAGUCGCAGCUAUCUAUUCGUACAGCCGCAGUUGUCCUAUAAUCGCAGUCAGGACUACGAGGACAUUUUAUCGCCCUGGCAGCUGCCUUUGGUGUCCGAUGAUCAGCUUUUCCAGUCGCCCGCUGUGCACCGGAAUCACACCUUUCACAUAACUCCCGAGCUGAGCGACUUGCUCGCCCGUAGGGAAAGCCAGAUGCGUUUGCACAUCUACAGCAAUGCCCAGCAGGAUUUGGCUGUGGAUCUUAGCUACAAUCCGUUGAUUGUGAACAAUCGCACAGGCAGCAUUCUGGCGGGACUUAUACUGCUCCUCUUCUAUGGCCUGCUCAUCUCGGAGCAACUCGAUCGUCCCUUUGUAGCUAUUAUCUGCUCUGUGCUCUCUGUGACGGCCUUGGCCGCGUUUCAAGAUCGACCCAACAUGGAGGAGAUCAAGCAGUGGAUGGACAUGGAGCUGCUGACUCUACUCUUCUGCAUGAUGCUGCUCAUUCUCAUACUCACCGAGACGGGUGUCUUCGACUAUCUGGCUGUCGUUUGCUUUGAAGUAUCUGGCGGCAAAAUCUGGCCCAUGAUCUAUAGCCUCUGCGUGAUCACCUGCUUGGUGUCCAGUGUAUUGGACAACAUGACCACAGUGCUGCUGCUCACACCAGUUGCGAUUCGUCUGUGCGAGGUCAUGCAGCUAGAUCCCAUACCCGUUGUCAUGGGCAUCAUUGUCCACGCGAACAUCGGCGGUGCUCUGUCGCCCAUCGGAGAUCCGAUUAGCAUCAUUGUGGGCACUAAUCGCUUCAUCGUCGAGAAUGACAUCAACUUUCUGACAUUUAUCGCGCACAUGCUGCCCGGCGUACUCUUGGCCGUGCUGCAGAGCUGCGCCUAUUUGCGCCUUUACUAUCGCAACAUGGAUGAGCUGCGUCUCAAUGAGCCCAAGGAGCUGGGCGAGUUGCGGCGCGAGAUUAAGGUUUGGCAACGCGCUUUAAAUGCGAUUGGAGCCUGCUCGAAGGAUGCGCAGCUGGUGCGCGGCACUCUGCAGGGCAAGGUUAAACAGCUCAAGCGAACGUUGCGGCGCAAAGAACGUGGCGUCGGCUCCACUGAGAUCUAUACCAGCACGCUAGAUGAAUUGAAGCAGAAGUACCCCAUCAAGAACAAGAAGCUGCUGCUGCAAUCGACUGGUGUCCUGAUCUUCGUCAUCGUCUGCUUUCUGGUGCAGUCAGUGCCCCGUUGGCGCACCCUACCUCUGGGAUGGGUCUCGCUGCUGGGGGUUAUCCUGCUGCUGAUCGUGGUGAAUCGCGAGGAUAUGGAGCACAUGAUACAGCGCAUCGAGUGGACAACGUUGCUCUUCUUCGGCGCCAUGUUCGUGAUGAUGGAGUGCGUGGAGCGCCUUGGGCUGCUCGUCAGCAUUGCCGAGCUCACGGAGCACGUGAUUCUCGCUGUGAAUAUGCAGCAUCGACUAACCAUGGCUAUUUUUAUGAUAUUAUGGACGACAGCGCUGGCUUCCUCCAUUUUGGAUAGCAUACCCGUGGCUGCGAUGAUGGUCAAGUUGGUCACCUCGCUGGUAGCCAAGCAAUCGCUGGGUCUGCCGCUGCAGCCACUCGUUUGGGCUCUGACCCUGGGCGCCUCCUUCGGCGGCAAUGGCAGCCUCUACGGCGCCUCAGCGAACGUCAUUGCAGCCGGGAUAGCCGAGCAGCACGGCUACAAGCUGUCCUUCACGCGCUAUCUGAAGACCAUGCUGCCCCUGAUGCUGUGCCAGAUUAUCCUGAUGACCAUCUAUCUGCUGCUGGCCCACAUCGUCUUCGAUUGGAACUAAAACCCAGACGCAGGCAUAUAUCAAACAUCAA